CUUCAGGGUGUUAUUGAAUUGUGAUUUGGUUUCUAUGAUAUUUGAAUGAUUAUAAACUAGCCCUUUUGUGGAAGAAAAAGAAAGAAAAGCUUAAUGUUACAUGCAUUUGUUUGUGUUGAGUAUCUCACAUUGUCUUUGAGCCCAGCAUAGGAUAUACGUCUUCAGGAUUGAAUUCGGUUAAGUUAGACAACUAAUAUGAUAUUGAACCAAAGGUGGUCAAAGGGGGCUGAUGUUUUGACCAUAUUUUCCCACCUUUUAUUAUCUAGUCUGGUUUGGGCUGAGGGGGUGUAUUGUGUACCUCAUAUCUCUUGUUUACAUGUUUUGAGUCUCUAUAUGCAUGUGCGAGUUACCCCAAAGGAUCUUUUUGAGGAGUUAGUAGCCAAAGAUCCGUCUGGCAAAGACAUCAAUGCUCUCGAGCAGCACAUCAAGAAUCUCUUAAGUCCUGCCACCCCACAGUUCUUCAACACUCUCUAUGAUCCAUACAGAGAAGGUGCUGACUUUGUCCGUGGCUAUCCCUUUAGCCUUCGUGAGGGAGUUCCAACCGCUGUUUCUCAUGGGCUCUGGCUCAACAUCCCUGACUAUGAUGCCCCAACUCAGCUUGUUAAGCCGCGUGAGAGGAAUACCAGAUAUGUUGAUGCAGUUUUGACCAUUCCCAAGGGCACCUUGUUCCCCAUGUGUGGCAUGAAUUUGGCUUUUGACCGUGAGCUGAUUGGACCCGCCAUGUACUUUGGGCUCAUGGGUGACGGGCAGCCAAUUGGACGCUACGACGACAUGUGGGCCGGUUGGUGUACCAAGGUUAUUUGUGACCAUUUGGGGCUUGGAAUCAAGACAGGUCUGCCAUACAUAUGGCACAGCAAAGCAAGCAACCCUUUUGUGAAUCUCAAAAAGGAGUACAAAGGCAUCUUCUGGCAAGAGGAGAUCAUCCCUUUCUUCCAAUCCAUUGCCCUUCCCAAGGACUGCACCACUGUCCAGAAUUGCUACAUUGAGCUCUCCAAACAAGUCAAUGAAAAGCUUGGCAAGGUUGAUCCUUACUUCAACAAGUUGGCUGAUGCCAUGGUCACUUGGAUUGAAGCUUGGGAUGAGCUCAACCCUACCGGCGUGGACUUUGCUAAGCUAUCCAUUUCCAAGGGUGCUUCAAAGUAGGUUUCCACUAAAGCAUAUAAAAAGUCCUAUUUUUUCCCUUUGGUCUCUAGUCGCGGUUUAGUCGUCCUGGGCAGCACGCUUUAGUACGAUUCGAGUUACUUAUUGGAUUUUUAUUUUUUGUUUUUGAGAAGUAUUUUUGAUGAACCAUUUCAUGAGAUAUGUUAUACUUUAUGUUUCCUUUCUGCUCAAAUUGCAUGCCAUUGUUACCAUGCAUGGCGAACUUCACUAACAUAAGCCAUUUGAAAGUUUGGUUCUAGGAUUGCUUUGAC